AUGUCUCUUACAGGUUACAAUCCUAAGAGCAGCGGCAGCCAUCCGACCCUUGGCCUGCCUGUUGCCGCUCCCGUCUUGGAAUACGUUUGCCUGUUUACCCACGACCUGAAACGCAAGCAGAAGCGAUGGCAGGAUGGCCGACUCAAAUUCCACACAUUUAACAAACGCAUAAUGGUGUACGAUGAGAGGGGCAACUUUAUCGGCGAUAUGCAUUGGCGCGAGGAUUUCGACUUCGGAGAAGGCGAAGAAUUCAACCUGGAGCGAGGCGCAGUUAUAGUCCAGGUCUCCGAGUGUGUGGGCAGCAAAGACCAAGACCUCACUGACCUCCUCGAUAAGAGAGCUAGAGAAGCCGAGCAGAGGUAUGCACGCACUUCUGCCGCCACCGCAAAUUCACCUCACCCUACCGUACGGCCGCCCGUUGUGCCCCAGAACCAUCCCCAGGCAUCUUUCAGGCAACGUCACCUUGUCGACGUUGUCAACACUCCACGAGGGCCACGGGGCAGGGCUGUUAUGCCCACAAUCUCUCCCUACGAAGAACGCAUCGUUGACCAGCAAUUGUUAAACUCCUCGGAGGGUGAGAGCCAAAGGCCUAUCAAGAGGAGAAGAGACGUUUCGCCUCCAAGCAAGUCAGGCUAUGCUCAAAACUUGUUCGGCGCAGCUCUGAACCUUUCAUCUUGGUCAGCCAGUGCUUCAUUGCGACAACAGCCGACACAAACACAUAGAAAUGCUUCCCCCGUCCCAGAAACUGCGAGGCUGGGCGUUCCAAGCAGAAACGCCAACUCAUCAUGGCUGCGACCUUCUGCAAUUCUCAAUCUGACAGGUGAUGACCUAGUUCAAGUUGACCCGUCCAAGCCCUCGGCAGCCGCUAGCAAGAGAGAAUGUGCGGGAAAUGCAACAGAAACACCACCAAAGCUCAAUGCUCUGGUUCCAACACCGUUCAAAGCACCAGGCAUGGGUAACAUGAGGAGCAAAGUAAUCCAGGGAGAAGAUCAAAUGCUUGCCGAACCCGAAGAAACGCUGGUGGUCAGGGGCCAACAGCCUCAGAAUCGUGCCAGCAAUCCAAGGAAUACAGCUGCGAAGCACAGCGCUAGAAAGUCGCAGGAUACGAAAUUGAAAUCAAUUCGCCAUCACUCGGCCGCUCAGCCUAGCAAUGGUGCACUGUAUGACUCCGCGUUCCAUCACAUUUCUACAGAAAAAGAGUCACCAGAGCAGCGCGGUGACAUUGUAAAGGAUGCAGACACCUCAACCCUACAGCCAUUAACAGACGAGUCUAUGUUGCGGCUGGUUAGGGAUACAGGUCCGGAGGAACCAAAGUCGAAGCUCCGUAUCAAGGCUAGAAAGAAGCGUGGCCUAUUGAUGGUCGCAAAGAACACCACGGCGAGAACUUCAGAAAGACAACCUGAUUUGUCGAGUACAAGGAUAGAGGCACCUGUAGCGGAGAAACAGCUCAUGACGGUUGACACUCUGCAAAUUGUCGAUCAGGCUGCGAGAUCGAUUCCCCCAGUUGGCAUACUACCCUGUUCCGUAAACAGUGGUGUUGGAGGUGAUACGUCCCAGUGCGAGCCAACAAGGGUACACGACGAUGAAAAGAUUCAAUCUUGGUCCGACUCGGCAAUUGAGGCCACGGUUCAGCUCGAGCCCACGCUUGUCAACGUCGAUGACAGUCAAUCAUCGGGCGAACCCGUACAUUCUAGAGUAAGGUUGCGGGAAGACAAGACACAAUCUAGCUCUGGGCCGCAUAGGGAGGUGGAGAUGAUGACUACCCAGUCUGGGCCCCGGCUGGCAUCUCUCGGACGAAGGAGCGUGAGGAGCAAGGAGAUAAUUGGUUCCCUCGACCCAAGAAAAUGUCGAGCGGCGGCCGAAAGUCCUCCCGCAGCGCCAGCUUCGCGAAAAGAGACCAUUAUUUGUCCAAAGACUGAUUCGGAGAGGAGCUCCUCGACUAAGAUGGCCGAAACAAGGUUGGAAGAAAAGGCUACUCUUUUGAAAAACCCGGCAACGAGAGGGCGUAAAGCAGCAAAAAAAUCAGACGCAGCUGGAUCCGUUCCGCAACCCGUGUUAUCGGGCAUGCCAGAUCUCGCUGUUGGCAGAAAUGAUAUAAGAGGAGGCAGCCAACCGGAGGUAACCCUUGAUUCAGCCGCUGCCUUGGGAGGUGAAAACGCACGGGAAGUUUUCGGGUUUUCAAGUGCCAGUGGAGGGCCUUGGAGCAAAGAAGCUUACGACUUACUAGGAUGCAUACGGCCCGGGGUGAAAGCCAGGGUGAAGGGUAUCGGCGAUGGAAACUAG